AUCUCGCUGGACGUUCAGUUUUCCGGAAGCCACCGAUCGGGAUAGUCUGGUGUUGUUCAGAGAUCUCCUCAGUGCCGUCGUGUGUGUCUGGUUCAGUUGUGAUUAAUUAGUCGCCGAAGUUGCCAAAGUUGCCUCACAAUGUCCCUUGCGAUGUCGAAGAAUCUUUCGGUGGUGUUUUAUGUCCUUUUGAUAAGUGUUUUUGGUGUGGUGUUUGCCUGUAAUGGCGGCUACAAGCUGAAGGUGCGCAAGAUCCAGAACUGUGCUGGAGCGGAAGGGAUACUGAUACCUCAUGAAAAUGGCACCGCAGUGCUGACGAAGAAGUGCGAGAUCAAGAUGCGCGGAUGCGUGGAAAUGAAGGCAUUCAAACAGGCCACGGUUAAGUAUGCUAUCAAGAAGGAUGGCGUCAAAGUGAUGGAGGGAUCGGAGGAUUUGUGCGAAAGGAUGGAAAACGCUCGUAGCCAUCCAACUAUUGGACCCAUGAUGAAGACGCUCAAUCUUCCGGAAAAGUGCCCGGUUCAAGCUGGAACGAUUUGUUCAGAUCCCACUCAAAUCAUCAGCAUUGAACCGUACAAGCAGAUGCUGUCUCUUGCGCGGGGAAGAAUCGAGGUGGAGGCAGAAAUUCAGCACGACACGGGCAAAAGUUGCAUCCGAAUGCAGUUUGAUAUCGUCAAGUAAUCGGGAAAGAGGGGGAGAAUAAUCAAUCGAGCGUCCCAGGAAUUAAUUACCCGCCAAGCGGAUCGCGCAUUAAUAAACGGUAAUCAAUUAAAAGCUGCCACCUUGUUGCAACUCUGGCGGCAUCACAUCGGAAAACUACUACCUACUGCUACUGGGAAUUCCUAAUCAAUUUUCAUCCGGAACUGGCUAAGCGUGAUCACUAGUUAACUAAUAUUAUUUCAGCUGAUCGCUCUCUCCCUGUAACUUUUUUUAAAGCCUCUACUCAACUGCACCUAGCAGAUACAAUCAUGAUUUCAGUAACUUCUCAAUGCAAUUGUUAUCCAAUUGAACAUCUGUUUUGUAAGCAUAUAUUAAUUGUAAAUAAACAGUUGUAUAUAGGAGCAGGAAAUGUAAAAUAAAAACAGAAAAAAAUAUUUCUACCAUGAGAGUUUGGUAGAUUAUACCACUGACCAUACUGACUGGACACUCGAUCUCGUGUUCUGGAUAAUUUUUCCAACAGUACGCAAUAUCGAUUCCAGAAAGCGCAUCGAUCUAUUUGAAGAAAUGUUAUCCCAGUUAGGAGAUGUACCUGUUUAGCCGGAUUUUAUCGUAGAAAUCGCCUGU